UUUUUCCCCCAUCAGUGGCCCUUUAGGGGCUCCGUAGUUUCUGAACAUUUUAAUGACAAUAAUCUAUUCUAAAAUAGAAUGAAAUACUCCCCCCCCCCAAGUGCCUGUAAUACAUUUUACUGGUGGUGUUUUAUUUUUGAGAACUGCAGCUUGUUAAAGAAUUUAAACUUUUUACAUGUCACAUACAUCUCCAGAUUGUCGAGUUUUCACAGCUUCCUUGAAAAUCAUUAAGGUUUUCUUUGGAAGUUGGAAAACCAAACAUGAGGUGAUGCAACACUCCUACAGGGGGCAGUUUAAAGCUGCGGAGAUUGACACCUGCGCAAACUUCCUUGUUCCUGCUGAGUAAACUGGAUAGGAAAGUUUAGAUGGAAUGAGCCAGUGGUUCCAUGUGAGCGCACUCAUGUCGCAGUGAAGCCGCAGAGUGUCUGUCACAACAGUAAGCUGUGGUUCCACAGAGGAGGGAGGGAGGAAGAGCGGGGUUUGGAGCAGUCCAAGCCCGCCUGGCGCGCGCUCUGGCACGGCGAACCUCUGAUGAGGAAGUGCGCUGUGAACUGAGGAGGAGUGAGAGAAGCCACAUCGCUUUCAGGAAAAAUGACAUGGAAGACAGCAUUUGGGAUUAAAAAGGGACAAAUCUAGUAGUGACCAUGUGUCCCCAUGGCACCAGGUCUGAGGUUUGGUGAAUCUGACCGAGGCGGAGGGUUAGAGACGGCAGGCAGGCAGACAGACAGGUGCACUCCGAAGUCCCUUUCAUUUUUUUCCUCCUCCUUGGUCUUGGGAAGUGAUUGAGCCAUGGAGAGCCGCAAAGACAGCAAGCACAGAAAACAGCCGAUGAAAGCCAAAACCUCCAAGCGGAAGGAGAAGAAAUCCAAAAGUGGCCCCUUCACCAGGAGGAAAUCGCUGCGCUCGUUCGGGAAUUUCAUGGGCAGGAUCCUGAAAACUUUGGGCAGUUUGGCGCACGCCGACAACGCGGAACCGCGGGACGCGGACGACGACGACGGGGGGUUCGGACGCAGCACUUCGGCCCAUUUGAAAAGCGACUUUUCCCACAGCUCCAGGGACGGAACCGCGAAAAAGAACUCCGUGGUCUCCUCCGCUCACGGCUCGGUGAAAGAGAGGCUGUCAUGGUGCUACGGCGACAAGACUCCAGGAGUGCUGGGGCUGAAGAACCACGGCAACACCUGCUUCAUGAACGCUGUGGUGCAGUGUCUCAGCAACACGGACCUGCUGGCCGAGUACCUCGGCUUGGAGCAAUACAAAUCGGACAUUUGCCAGGGUAGGGUGAACGGGGAGGAGAGGGGAGAGGAGCCGCAGGCCGUCAGGGGAGAAGUGACCGAGCAGCUGGCGGCGCUGAUCCGCGCGCUCUGGACGCUGGAGUACACGCCGCAGCUCUCCGUGGACUUCAAGAGCAUUGUGGCCAAAUACAGCUCUCAGUUCCGGGGAAACUCUCAGCACGAUGCUCUUGAGUUUCUUCUCUGGCUUUUGGACAGAGUUCACGAAGACGCCAACACCAACCCUGACAACGGCAACAACAGCAACAAGACCAAAGCCAACACCAGGGGGACCAGUUCUUCCGAAGACCGUUUGAAUCCCAGCACACAACAACCUCGGAGUCGACACAGUUUUGUUCAGGAGCAUUUCCAGGCCCAAUACAGGUCUUCUCUGACGUGCCCCCAUUGCCUUAAGCAGAGCAACACUUUUGACCCGUUUUUAUGCAUCUCUCUUCCUAUUCCCCUGCGGCAAACCAGAGCCUUAUGUGUGACGCUGGUGUUCAGUGCCAAGGGUCAGAGGUAUGUGAGGGUGGGGCUCGCUGUGCCUCUGUUUGGCUCCAUCUCCACCCUGAGAACUAUGACGGCGGCUGAGGGCAACAUCGCCCCCGAUCAGGUUAUUCUUGCGGAACUCUACUCCACCGGUUUCCAGCGCUCUUUCUCAGACGAGGAUGAACUGACCAUGAUUGCUGACAGCGACGUCGUCUACGCUUUCCAAGCUCCUCCCGUUUCCAAUCGUGGCGGCUUAACUCCGCACUCAGUGUAUCAUCACAGCCUCCCCUCCUCUCCUCACUCCUCCACGACUGGGGCUGCAGGUCAGAAGUUACCUCAGUCUGGACGCCUCUCCUCGGAGUACCUGAACCACAGCAGCUCCUCCAAGGUCAUCCUGCUCAUGUGCAACACAGUAGGGUCUGGCCAGCACGCUGCCAGAUUUGGACCUCCAUUUCUCAUGGUUGAAGACAGGACCGUGUCCUGGGAUCAGCUGACGCAGAGCAUCCUUAGCAAUCUGUACUACCUGAUGGCCAACGCAUCUCAGUCUCAGACGGCUGGUGUGCUGUUCAAGAUCAGGGUCGUGGGGUCCUCUGCAGCCUACAGCUACCUGUCCCCACAGGACAGCAGGCCGUUGUGUCACCCUGCAGUGGACAGAGCUUUGAAGUUGUGUGGCCCCGGAGGACCUCUCCACGUGAAGCUUGUGAUCGAGUGGGAGCGCAGCACUAAAGAACACCUUUUUGGCAGCAUCCAGGAGGAGGUGGUGCAGGACGCCGAGAGUGUGAGGAACCAGCAGCAGCAACACCUUCAGCAGCAUAGCUGCACUUUAGACGAAUGCUUCCAGCUCUACACCAAAGAGGAACAGCUUGCUCCGGAUGAUGCGUGGAAGUGCCCUCACUGUAAGCAGCUUCAGCAGGGCAUGGUGAAGAUGAACCUGUGGACACUGCCGGAUAUACUGAUCCUCCACCUCAAGCGCUUCCGACAGGUCGGCGAGCGAAGGAACAAGCUCUCUACCUUGGUGGGGUUCCCCUUGACGGGUCUCGACAUGGCUCCACACGUGGUGAAGAGAAGUCAGAGCAUGAAGAACCUUCAUCAGGGAUCAUCUCAGACUAACCGGAGGCCGUCUUCAGGCCAACACCAGCGAUCUGACAUAAUGCUUGCGCGUGACUACCUCUAUGAUCUGUACGCCGUCUGCAACCAUCACGGAGGAAUGCAUGGAGGGCACUACACUGCAUACUGCAGGAAUUCAGUGGAUGCCUUGUGGUACAGUUAUGAUGACAGCAGUGUAGACCUUGUACCUGAGGAGGAAGUUUGCACCAAAGGAGCCUAUAUACUUUUCUACCAGAGGCGCAACGUCAUUCCACCAUGGUCAGCAAACAGCUCUGUCAGAGGGUCCACAAGUUCAUCUUUGUCCGACCACUGGCUCAUCAGGCUGACGGAAGACAGCAAAAGAGGCAGCACCGUGUCUCGUUCAUCAACGGCCUGCGCUUCUCUCGUGCCCGACUCUCCAGAAUCCACAGUCUUCCAUGACAACGUUUUCAAAGAUGCACAUGGAGGCUUUGAGAGCAGGCCAUUUGUUAGGGGUCUCCAGGGACGAAGUGUGAGCAUGAGGGUCCCCAACAAGAGCAAAGACACCAUGAGCAAAGUGCUUCCCUUGCGCUGGUCUUUUGGUUCCAAGGACAGACGAAAGAAUGACCAAGUGCCUCCUGUAGACCCUGAUCCUGCAGAGCUUGUCCAGUACUUGGAAUCUGGUCGGAGACCUCGCUGCACAAAGGAUUCCAUAGUAGCACUUAUGAAUGAGCCACGUAGCACAAAGGAGGCCGCCAAAGGCCGAGCUGCAGACAACACAAGGUCUUCCAGCGGUGGGAGCAUAAGUUGUGUGGGUAAGGUCAGGGACGAGCCUUUUUAUACAAAGGUCCCGGAGGGCCAGAAGCCCCCAAUAGAAAAGAAUUCUAGUCGAACUGAAGGUAGUCACUCAAAAGAAGAAAGCAAAGUAAACAUCAGUUCUAGCUCCAGCAGCAAUACCCUCACUAGGAAGAAGGAUUCAAGGAGAUACAGCUCUUCCAAAUCUUCAAAAGAUGCACUGACAAAAGAAAGCUCUGAAGCUGGGGUCCAUCCCAGCUACAGCUCACCUAACCUACAUGGGACGCUGACAAGACGAAAAGGGGAUAAAGCUAAAAAGGAUCGAGAUGGCACCCAUGAAGAAAACCCUAAAGCCAAGAAAGGAGAGUUGCCCAAGAGUCAAGAGGGUCUGCUUUCUUUUUUCAAAGGUAACUUCCUAAAAAAAGACAAGGACGCUAACAAAUCCAAUGAGAGUGACUCAGGGAGAGUGGAAGGUAAAGAUGGAAGCAGAAAGACCUCACUAACAGUGCCGAUGUCCAACGGAGUGGCAGGUAGCAGAACUAGACUGGAAGAGAGCAAGUCCAAUGGCUCACGCCAUCAGAGUGAGGGGCUGGCAAACGGGAAGGUUGGAAGGACUCCAACUGACAUCAGGCGCUCCCAAAGCUCCUCAAAUAUUACCACCAAACCGGAGCAGAACAUGCGCAGAACGGCAUCCUUGCACCGGAACGCAGUGUCCACAACGCCACGGACUGCAGACAAACAGUCUCACAGCACCCUGCAGAGAGACCGUUACAGCACAACCUCACUGGGACGCAAAAAAAACGUCCCAGAGUCUAGUUUUUGAUGCAGAGAAAUCCAACACUCUCAUCUGAAGCUUUUCACUGGCUGGAGAGGAGAAGACUGUAUAGUUUAUCAAAGCAAUAGAGUUCCAUUCACAACGAUACGCCUUUUUGUUACCGAAGAUUGCACCAAAAGUCUGGAGAUAAUGCAGUCAAUUAGUGCUUUACAUAUUUUUUUUUU